AACGGAAUCAUACCGAUGAAUCAGGACGAAUGGCUUCGUAUUAUUCAGUCCACCGAGUCGACGCAAUCUCAACAUUCCCCGCAACCAGCCAAGCCUGAUAAUUCAGUUGCCCAGCUUGACGACGCUUCGCACCCUCCGCUUGCUCAGGAUCCUUGGCUCCACCUUCCGGUGAUUGGGAUUGGGAUGACUGGGAUUAUCUAUGCGGUAGGGGAAAGCCGUGUUGUUAAAAAACCGAAGCAGUCCCGACUCCCAGAUCCUGGAGAUGCGGAGUACAUGAAUGACAUGAAUCGGAAGAUCCUGGAGAAUGAGAUUCAAGUCUUCAAACGUCUAGGCAACCAUGAUGGAAUCAUUGAGUGCUUCCAUUUAUCUCAGUAUGGUGUUGAGCUCGCUCGUGCGCACGGAGAUCUCGAGGAUCAUAUCAAAAAUUACCCAGAACCUGCGAUUCCUUCAAAGAUUGCGUGGAUACUCAGUCUCACUGAGACCUUCUCGUACAUACACUCUCGCAGGGUAUUCGUGGAUGAUAUCGCUCUCCGGAAUAUCUUAGUCCUCGAUGGACAGCUUAAAGUCGCAGACUUUGGCCAGUCGAUCCUAUUACCUCUCGAGGCUGAUAUUACUACUGUGACUGAAAAUGAUUUGAACAUCAGGAUUGAGAUUUUGCACAUUGGUUGGAUCCUUUACUCCAUCGCUUCCUGGACGGUCCACAAGUACUAUUUCUUCACAGCUGAGGAACCCGACCUUUCUCAGCCUGUCUCCUUUCUCAAUGUUGAUGAUGUUCUCUGUGGCAAGAUUAUCGAGAAGUGCUGGCGCGGUGGAUAUGCAAACACGGAUCAUCUGAGGAUUGAUGCACUUGAAUUGCUUGCGGAUCAAUCUCCAGCGGCUGUGCGAGAAUCAAAAGAGUGAGACUGAGAUCGAGCCUGUCGUUUGGUCAUGAUAACUAUGGAUGCAUAGCCAAGAAUGUUGUUUCCAUGGCUCAAUGACUUUUCCAGACGAUAUCCCUAGAGGCCCUACGGGAUAUUGGCCAAUCAAAGCUUGGGUCUGCCAAAGUUA